AUGCGCACAUCCGUUGUCCAUGCUAUCGCUUCCCUGCUACCUCUCUCUCACCUCGAGGCGAUCAAAUGGUUUCCUGGCAGUGCGCAGCACAUGAGCCUCGUCCACCACCAUUGUGCCCCACCCCCCUCGCCCAACGUUCACCCCACCGGGCGUUCGUCUCAACCUGCCUGCCAUGGUGAAGGACGUGAUCACCACCGCUGGAGCUGGUCUGCCACUGCCUUGUCUGUGCAACCGACCAAGCGAGCAGCCAUUGCCAUUCCUUUCCUACCAGCACCACGGUCUUCCACUGCCUUGUCUGUGCAACCGACCAAGCGAGCAGCCAUUGCCAUUCCUUUCCUACCAGCACCACGGUCUUCCACUGCCUUGUCUGUGCAACCGACCAAGCGAGCAGCCAUUGCCAUUCCUUUCCUACCAGCACCACGGCCUUCCACUGCCUUGUCUGUGCAACCGACCAAGCGAGCAGCCAUUGCCAUUCCUUUCCUACCAGCACCACGGUCUUCCACUGCCUUGUCUGUGCAACCGACCAAGCGAGCAGCCAUUGCCAUUCCUUUCCUACCAGCACCACGGUCUUCCACUGCCUUGUCUGUGCAACCGACCAAGCGAGCAGCCAUUGCCAUUCCUUUCCUACCAGCACCACGGUCUUCCACUGCCUUGUCUGUGCAACCGACCAAGCGAGCAGCCAUUGCCAUUCCUUUCCUACCAGCACCACGGUCUUCCACUGCCUUGUCUGUGCAACCGACCAAGCGAGCAGCCAUUGCCAUUCCUUUCCUACCAGCACCACGGCCUUCCACUGCCUUGUCUGUGCAACCGACCAAGCGAGCAGCCAUUGCCAUUCCUUUCCUACCAGCACCACGGUCUUCCACUGCCUUGUCUGUGCAACCGACCAAGCGAGCAGCCAUUGCCAUUCCUUUCCUACCAGCACCACGGUCUUCCACUGCCUUGUCUGUGCAACCGACCAAGCGAGCAGCCAUUGCCAUUCCUUUCCUACCAGCACCACGGUCUUCCACUGCCGUGUCUGUGCAACCGACCAAGCGAGCAGCCGUGCUGCCACUCCUUUCCUACCAGCAGCACCGAGCGAGAGCCCUCUCCCUUCGUACUCCUCUCCAUUUUUGA